GAAGUUAUAAAGAGGAUUGAUGGGAGUCAGAGCCGCUGAAUUGUUCACUGUUGUGAAAUAACUAGCAAGGCACGAGCUUAAUAAUUACAACUGAAGCAGAGACUGCUGUCAAAGCACAGCACGGCUGGAGUUAUGUGAAAAACUAAAAGGUUAGCUAGCAGUGGGAGAGCCUUGGAACUGGAGCCAAGAAACUUUGUUACUGGAAUUCAGCAACUUCAGAUCUGAGCAACGGAGAAUCAGCAAAGGAGAAGACUUGUAAGACGUUCAAUGCAGGGGACACAGUCUCAGGAUAUGGGAGAAACCUUCUUGCACAGAGAUGAGGAAAAGCUUCUUCACACAGAGUAGUAAACUUGUGGAAUUCUCUACCACCGAAGGCUGUGAAGUCCAAGUCAUUUAAACGUGUUCAAGAAAUAUAAAAUUUUAGAUUUUAAAGGCAUCAAGGGGAGGAGGAGAAAGCCGGAGUGUUAAACUGAAAAAGAAGAUCAGCCAUGAUCGUAUUGAAGGCUGGAGCAGACUUGAAUGGCUCAACAGCCUGUACUUGAUCCUAGUUUCUGUGUUAAUUAUUGGACAGGGCCUGCCAACAGGCAGAGAACUGUGCCCGUGAUACCGGCCAUCACAAACAAAUAUUCAAGUAUAGGCUAAAAGAGAAAGACCAGCAGGAAAGGAGACUAGCAGUUCAGGUUAUGCUGUCCCAAAGACAUUCACUGAAUUUGCGUGAAAAGGAAAAAGGUUAAAAAGAGACAUCUUCAGCAGCGUUCUGUUACCAAGUUGAAUCAGUACGAUGGCCUCACCAGGUUCUCCAGAGCUUCACAUCGUUGCUCAAUGUACGGACCAAGAUGAGCAGCCUCCAUCAUCGUCCAAGAUUGAAGAUGAGGAUGAGAGUGACCUGAACAAGACUUGGGGAGUUGAGAGAUUUGAUGACCUACUGCAUGAUGCUCCCAGUCGGAAUGUGGAGGAAGUGCGGCGCACGUUUGAUGAGGCGGAUUUUGAAUACCAUCGUCAUUCCUCCCUUCACACCCACCAUCCACUCUCUACGCACCUGCCGUCGGAAGGACGGAGGAAAAAAGGGACCCACCAGAAGAAGAGCAGGAAGACUGCCUCUUCUCCGAUUGGGGCUCCUCCCAUAGAGGAAGGGGAUGAGGAGGAGGAGCAGACAGAUGGAGCACAGGUGAAGCUGGCACCUCCAGAGGAACCCAUCCAGUUGGACGAUAUCCAUGAUGUUCAGUUCUUUGUGUCUGAUGAGGAGUCAGAGAGUAGCUCCGCAGCCCUGCAACCCCCUGACAACAGCCCAAAGCAACAAGAUGCCCAGCCUCUCUUCAUCAAGCCAGGGACUGCCAGCCAGAGCAACAAAUUUACCAAAAGCAGUGAACAGGUCACGCCAUUGGGUGCAAUGGCUGGUGAUGCACGUGCAUUGGAGGAGAACCGUGCCUUACAGAAGACACCUUUGGCACAUCGCAGCAGUUAUGACCUGAAAGAGCGGCGGAGAAUUGGGAGCCAGACGAAUGUGGAUGAGGCCAAAUUUCAAAAGAUACCAACUGAUGAGCUCGAGGCAGAGAUGCUAGCUGUGGCUGACCUGGAUUAUAUGAAAAGUCACCGGUUUGAGGAUGUUCCUGGGGUUCGACGGCACUUGGUCAAAAGGAGCACAAAAGGCACUGCUAUGCAUGUGGGAAAGGAGCAUUCCCAAGUCUACCCAAAGACCAAGAAAGCUGACCGGCAACCGCAUGAGGUGUUUGUGGAACUGAAUGAGUUGACAAUGGAUAAGAAUAACGAAAUGCAAUGGAAGGAGAUGGCUAGGUGGAUCAAAUUUGAGGAGGAUGUGGAAGAGGAAACGGAUCGCUGGGGAAAGCCACAUGUUGCCUCGCUCAGCUUCCGCAGUUUGCUGGAGCUCAGGAAGACACUAGCACAUGGCACAGUUCUAUUAGACUUGGACCAGAAGAGUUUGCCAGGAAUUGCACAUCAAGUGGUCGAACAGAUGAUCAUCUCUGAUCAGAUUAAAGCUGAGGACCGAGCCAAUGUGCUAAGAGCUCUGCUUCUCAAACACAGCCACCCCAAUAAGGACAAGGACUUCACGUUUUCACGCAACAUUUCAACAUCCAGUCUGGGCUCGCUCAUGUCCCAUCAUCACAGCCAGAACCACAUCGCUCCGACCGCUGAUCCCUCAGUCACCCAGCCACUGAUGGACGAGAAUCCUGACAACGAGACCAAAGUGACAGUGGACAGUGGAGAGAAGGAAUGUCCACUUUCGGCAGAGAUGACAAGAUCAAGGUCGAAGCAUGAGCUCAAACUGCUGGAGAAAAUCCCGUACAAUGCAGAGGCCACGGUUGUACUCGUCGGCUGUGUUGAGUUUCUUGACCAUCCGACUAUGGCGUAUGUGCGCUUAAAGACCGCAGUGGAGCUCGAGUCGGUGCUGGAGGUUCCUGUCCCUGUCCGGUUCCUUUUCAUCCUGUUGGGACCAAGCACAAGUAACAUGGACUACCAUGAGAUUGGACGCUCCAUCUCCACCCUGAUGUCAGACAAGAAUUUUCACCGGGCAGCUUACCAGGCAGACGAUCGAAAUGACUUGUUAAGCGCAAUCAAUGAGUUCCUAGACAGCAGUAUUGUCAUUCCUCCCUCUGAUGUCCCUGGGGAGGAGCUGCUCCUCUCUGUUGCUCAGUUCCAGCGCAAGAUGUUGAAGAAGCGACAGGCAAAAGAGGAUAAGGUGCUGGCCAAGGAGAUCAAGAUUCAGGAGGAGCGAGCUCUCCUGAAACCAAAGAAGCCAGAAGAGGAAGACCCCCUCAGAAGGACAGGGAAACCUUUUGGUGGAGUUAUCCGAGAUGCACACCGGAGGUACCCUAAAUAUGUCAGUGACUUCAAGGAUGCUCUGAACCCCCAGUGCAUGGCUGCCAUCAUCUUCAUUUACUUUGCUUGUCUGUCGCCAGCCAUCACCUUUGGAGGGUUACUCGGGGAGAAGACCAUGGGCUUAAUCGGUGUUUCUGAGCUCAUCAUAUCCACGGCUAUACAAAUGGUGAUCUUUGGCCUGUUGGCAGCGCAACCACUGCUGGUCGUUGGGUUUUCUGGACCACUGCUGGUCUUUGAAGAAGCUUUCUUUAAGUUCUGUAACUCAAACAACAUGGACUACCUGACUGGCCGUGUAUGGAUUGGGAUCUGGCUUAUUGUCAUCGUGGUGGUGAUCGUGGCCUUUGAAGGCUCUUUCCUCGUGCGGUUCAUAUCCAGAUUCACACAGGAAAUCUUCGCUUUCCUCAUCUCACUGAUAUUUAUUUAUGAGACAUUUUAUAAGCUUUUUAAGAUUUUCCAAGACCAUCCUCUUCGUGGCUGUUCGAAUAUGACAGAAAAUGUGACUGUGCCUUCCAUUGCCUCCAAAAACAUAAUCAACAGUACAAGAGGAGAGAGCGGGAGACGGAAAGGGGAGCCAAACACAGCCCUGCUCUCCCUGGUCCUGAUGGCCGGCACCUUCUUUAUCGCCUUCUUCUUGCGCAAGUUUAAAAAUAGCCGUUUUUUGCCCGGGAGAAUUCGCCGUGUGAUCGGGGACUUUGGUGUUCCAAUAGCUAUCCUCAUCAUGGUUCUGGUUGACUAUUCCAUCCAGGAGACUUUCACUCAGAAACUGAGUGUUCCGACGGGCCUGUCUGUCACUUCCCCAGAGAAGAGAGGUUGGUUCAUUAAUCCUUUGGGAAAGAAUGCAGAUUUCCCCAUCUGGAUGAUGUUCGCUAGUCUGAUUCCAGCCAUCCUGGUCUUUAUCCUCAUCUUCAUGGAAACUAUGAUCACCACGCUGAUAAUCAGUAAGAAAGAACGCAUGCUGACCAAAGGCUCCGGAUUCCACUUGGAUCUUUUGAUCAUUGUGGCGUCAGGAGGUGUGGCAGCCUUGUUCGGUUUACCCUGGCUCGCUGCUGCCACUGUCAGAACUGUCACCCAUGUGAAUGCGCUGACCGUCAUGAGCAAAUCUGUGGCUCCUGGUGACAAACCCAAAAUCCAGGAGGUCAAGGAGCAACGGGUAACGGGGCUUGUGGUAGCUGUCCUCGUGGGUCUAUCCAUUGUAAUUGGUGAUCUCCUACGAAAAAUCCCACUAGCUGUGCUUUUUGGGAUCUUCCUCUACAUGGGUGUCACAUCUCUGAAUGGCAUUGAGCUGUACGAGCGCCUGCAGCUGCUGCUGAUGCCUUCUAAGCAUCAUCCAGAUCACAUUUAUGUCCGGAAGGUUAAAACCCUUCGGAUGCAUUUAUUCACCAUUAUCCAGGUCUUUUGUCUGGUGAUUCUCUGGGCUGUGAUGUCCACCAUUGCCUCUCUUGCUUUCCCAUUUGUGCUCAUUUUGACUGUUCCUUUGAAAGUUUUCGCGCUCACCAGAAUCUUCACGGAUCGAGAGAUGAAAUGUCUUGAUGCGGAUGAUGCUCAGCCUACCUUUGAUGAGAAGGAUGGUGUGGACGAGUACGAUGAGCUUUCAAUGCCAGUCUGAGCAGACACUGAGGCCUUAGAACAAACUGUAAAUCCAGCGUGGUGCUCACUGGGGACAGAAGAACCAGGGCUGGUGCCUAAUUCAGCAUCAUUCACUACCAGUAUCUGUCAAUGUCAAUCUUGGUCAAACGUUGGGAUCAAUAUCUGUCAGCUUGAACCUUUGUCAAUAUCUGCAUCCAAAUUGAUCAACUUCCUUCAGUGAGGGAAGAGGGAUGGGUGGGACCACACUGUGGCAUUAAUAAUAACAGAGAAGUCUUACUGUAACAAUCAACCAUGGAUCAAGGGACUGCUACUUUGAAAGUCAAUGUCAUCAAAAAGAAACUAUAGAUGACGCCAUGCCAGUGUUCAAGAAACUUCUGUGAAGGUCAUUCAGAUACCAAAGGCAGUCUUUUCUUUCUCUCUCUCUCUUCCCUAAGCAGUGACCUGUAGAGAGUUUUGCUGAUGAUAUCAGUUCCUGGAGAUGUUUGCCUGGUUGUGUGAUGGGUUGAGCCAGUUAACUAUUGAGGUACAGGGUCCAUUACUGUCCUGUCCAGCUUUGAGAUUCAAGUCCUUGGUCCCCUCAACCAGACACAACCGGGGAGUGCCAUGCUACAAUCAAGAUAUUGUCAGAUUGUCAAUUCAUUUUCAUCCACUCCCAAAGUUUCUAAUUCAAGAACAGUCUAACAGUCUGUUUGGUUUUGAUUGUAUUUGAAUUGUUUAAUCUUAAUUCCUCAAGAGGCCAAACCCAUUUUGGGGUCAAAGAUAAUGGUAGAUUCUAGAAUGAAUUGUAAUUUUUGAAAUGCUUAAUUUCAUAACUCUGGACUGGAAGAUUUUCUUAGUUUUCUAAAUUUGAUUCCUGUUUAUUGUUGGGACGUUUCCAUUUGAUGUACUCUAACAGGCAAAUAGCAGCUGAAUGGUCUCUGUACGAGUUGGCUCCCUCAGCAACUGCAGCGUUUGUCUCGAGGUUCUGAUUUCAGGAUCAGGGUUAAAUGUUUUCAGCCAAGGUUGAGAUGGUUUCGGUAAUCAUUGGAAAGUUUGGAUGUGAGAUCACUCCUGACAGUUUCUAAUCAAUAUCUAAUGUGGCUGGUCACAGAAUUUAAUUGGCAAGGUAGAGAGAGCUUUACAUUGUAUCUAUCCCUGUGCAGUUCCAGUCCUGGGACUGUUUGACAAGGACAGUGUAGAGGAAGCUUUACUCUGUAACCAACCCUGUGCUGUCCCUGUCCUGGGAGUGUUUGAUGGGGAACAGUGUAGAGGGAGCUUUAUUCUCUAACCCCAUAGUGCCCCUGUCCUGGGACUGUUUGACAGAGACAUUGCAGAGGGAGCUUUACUCUGUAUCCAACCCUGUGCUGUCCCAGCCCUGGGAGUGUUUGACGGGGGUGAUGUAGAAGGAACUGCUGAGGCUGAGUAGUUUUUUUUUUAUUUUCCACAUUGUUCGUUCACAAAGAAAGGGCAAGACUAAGUCUUGAUUUGCGAUGAUCCUGCUCUUCCUGGAUAGCGAGCUGUUUGAUUUGCUUUAGUGAGGGACGUUAUGGAUGGGAUUGGGCCGCAGAGGCACUAAAGAUUUUGUCCCAAUGCUGCAGAGUGAUCACACAGUGCUGACCACAUCCAGCCCCUCUGCUAAAUGUAUGUAAAAGGCAAAACAUCAUAAUCAGAGGUUGGAAGCAAACAAAAAAAUCUACUGAUCAGUUCAGUAAUUUGCAUUUAAAAUCUGCUAGUCAGUAGGCAAGGACCUUUGAUCAGAUGCUUUCAUAUGCAAACCUUUUGUGGCCUCAUACUUUGCCCUCAGUGAGGAUUUCAAAUGGCCGUUUAUGUCAGUCAGUGAGACGAUGAGAACAACAGUUACUGUGACCAUCAGUGAAAGGUUUGUGCGGCAGUGAGUUUUGUGGUCAGUGUGAAAUUGGCAUGAUAGUGCGUGUGGUGGACAGUGGGAAUGGGCUGUGUGACCAUCUGUGUGAGAUUGCUGUGAAAGUGCGGGAUUGUCCCGAGUGUCUGUGUGAUACCAGCUGGAGGGUCCGUGAUGUCACUAUCCUGCCUUCCACACUCCUCCCACUCCAUGUUCUCUUUCCAGUAAUCAGUUGUUUUAUUUUGUAUACAUACCAGCCAAUGUCAAUCACUUUAGAUUUCUAAUUAAAAUGCAAAUGAUC